GAUGUGGUGUGGGUCCAGAUAACAUAGUGAAAUAGGGUGUUUUUGUUUUUGUUUUACAUUUUCACUUUAAAUAAAAUAAUAAUAAUUCAUGGAUCUUGAUAUAUGUCACGUUUCAGAGGCAGAUUUCUGCGCGUGUACAACUUGAUGCAGCUUCUUUGCGCCGCCAUACGACUUUGUUAAUAUGAUAAAUCUUCUCAACGUCUUCAGAGUACACACGUCACCUCUGCUUUUUAUAGAGGAAGGUGAAGAGGGAGGAGGGCAAACUGCUGUUCACCUUCAUCUCUUCAACAAGGUCAGACUACUCCUGCUCCUGAUUACAGGCCAAUCAACCGCUACCGACCAUCCACCCAAUCAGUGCCAGAGCCAAACAAGGACAAACACCCUUGAAUAAGUCAAUUUAAGCAGAGGUCCUCUUCAACUACUCUGUACCAUGUGUUCCCUUAAAUCAGAGGCUGUGCUGCACACUGCCUUCCACCAUGACACAGGUUAUCUGGGAUGAAUGAAAGAGCGAUGUCCCAUUCAGGGGAGAUGAUGGACGUUCAGACUUUGUGGAACCAAACAACCUGGCACCGUGACACUCGCGUGGAAGUGUGGUUCCUCCUCUUCAACUGCACAGUCCUAACUCUGACCCUAGUCUUGGGUUUACCCGGGAACCUGUGGGUGUGCUGGUUGGUUUCCAGGACCAAGAGCCUGCAGACCUGCAACAACGCGCUGCUGGUCAGCCUGGCCACCAGCGACCUGCUCAAAUGCUCCGUGGACACGCCGCUGCUGCUCUUCUCGCUGCUGCGCUACGGGGGCGGCCGCCGGGUGUCGGUGCCCGUGUGCACCCUGCAGCAGUUCACCUACGCGCUGUGCAGCUGCGUCCAGCUGCUCACGCUGGUCGGCAUCAGCGUGGAGCGGUUCCAGGCCAUCGCCUUCCCCUUCCAGACCGAGGGCCGGAAAGCGAGGGUCCGCGUCUGGAUCCUGUUCAUCUGGGCGUGCGGCCUCGUCCUGGCGCUCGUCUCCCUGACUCUCUCCGAGAAAGCGCUGUGUUACAUGCUCUGUCGCCCGCACGGUGCCGGCCACGCCGGGGAGGCUCCUCGGUACUCGGACCCGUUCGGACCCUACGUGCUGGUGCCGGUGUGGGGACUGUGUAUAACUUUGAUCGUCAUCCACUACGUGCGGAUAUUCAAAGUUGUGAGGCAGCACCGGAAACAAGUUUUCCACCGGGGAGUCCAGCUGAGGCCGACGGUGUCUGAGGACGUCUGGGCCUGGCUGAGUGGCCUGGCCUCAGGACCGGCUCCAGGGGGCCUCUUCAGCCCGCUGCCGCCCCGCCGCACGGUGCUCCUGGUAGCGGAGGCCGGUGCGCCCUGUGCGCCGGCCGCCUCUGGCACCGGGGGCGCGCCGGGGAGACAUCCGCAGAUCGUCGGGGCAGUGUGUCUGAUGACCCCCGGGGCCAGGGAGCGGGGGAAGAAACGGAUGGAGGGGAAAGUGGCUCAGCGUUUCGGUUACAUUAUCAUUGCGUUCACUCUCUUCUGGAUGCCCAUGGUGGUUAUUCUGCUGGUGAAAGUCAUCUCUCGGCUGGAGACGGACAGACUGCUGAUGGAGCUGGAGACCUCAGCCGUGGUGCUGACCUGCAUGCAGGCUGCAGUGGAUCCUCUCAUCUACACUUUGGUCACGAGACAGUUUCGCUCUGAACUCAGCAAGAUCCUCUCCACCAUCCCGGGAUGUCCACUGAAACCCAGAGCCUGAGGAUUCGACUCUUUGAUGAUGGAUGUCUGAGGACACGUGGACUGAAGUUAAAUGUACACGAGCCCCCGUUUUGCACACGCUCAGAGGGAUUUAGAGGCAGGUGAAGAAGAGAGCCCACAGAUUUUUGUAUUUGUGGCAGAUAUAGAUGUUUUUAUCAGGCGUUUCACAGUCGGGACACAAGACAAGGUCAUACAUAAUAUCCAGCACCUGACAAGAUACGCACAGCAGUAGUCUCAACAACGACAGGUGGCGUAGGAGGGCAAAGCAAAGAGGGAGAGGGAAAACGGACUGAGCCCAGAAAAGAGACAAUCAAAGAAGAGUACUUAACACAGAGAGAGAGAGAGAGAGAAAGAAACACAAUCAAAGACAAGACCUUUUGCAUUUGCUGUUUGGAAAUAAAAAUGCAAUCCUUUUGACACUUGGAGCGGAAAUAUGCUUAGAUAAGUCAAACUGUCAUUUUCAAAGUGCAGCUGACACAAAACAACCUGUCCAGAAACAGGGAAGCGGGAAAUAAAUGGUGGUUAAUCACGGUCCUAUAGCAAAUAAAUAAAAAAUAGAAAAUUCAGGGAA